CCCUGCUCAAAUCCUCUGUAUCUAUUUCAACCUCCUCCUCCUUAAACUCUGUUGGUUGGGGUGUGUUCAUUUGUUUUAGUUGUGUGAGAGUGAGAUUACAAGAGAGCGAAGAUGCCGGCGGUCGGAGGGAUAGUUUCCGACAACAAGAAGGAGUAUCCGGGGAACCUCACCCCCUUCGUGAUGGCGACGUGUAUCGUCGCCGCGAUGGGUGGCCUCAUCUUCGGUUACGACAUCGGGAUUUCCGGCGGGGUCACGACGAUGCCCUCGUUCCUGAGGAAGUUCUUCCCGUCGGUGUACCGGAAGAAGGAAGCCAACCAGAGCACCAACCAGUACUGCCAGUACGACAGCCAGACGCUGACCAUGUUCACGUCCUCCCUCUACUUGGCUGCCCUCUUGUCCUCAAUUGUCGCCUCCACCGUGACCCGGAAGUUCGGGAGGCGGCUGUCGAUGCUCUUUGGUGGGAUCCUGUUCUGCGCCGGGGCUAUCAUUAAUGGCGCCGCCAAGGCCGUGUGGAUGCUCAUUGUUGGCCGUAUGUUGCUCGGUUUCGGGAUCGGGUUCGCCAACCAGUCUGUGCCACUGUACCUAUCUGAGAUGGCGCCAUACAAGUACAGAGGAGCACUCAACAUUGGGUUCCAAUUGUCCAUCACAAUAGGAAUCCUUGUGGCCAACAUAUUGAAUUACUUCUUUGCCAAGAUCAAGGGUGGUUGGGGAUGGAGGUUGAGCUUGGGUGGUGCCGUGGUCCCUGCCCUCAUCAUCACCAUCGGAUCCCUUGUCCUCCCCGACACGCCCAACUCAAUGAUCGAGCGGGGCCAGAAGGAGGAGGCCAAGACAAAGCUCCAGAGGAUCCGAGGGAUCGAUGAUGUGGACGAGGAGUUCGACGACCUCGUUGCAGCCAGUGAGGCCUCCAAGCAAGUCGAGCACCCAUGGAGGAAUCUCCUCCAGAGGAAGUACCGGCCUCACCUCAGCAUGGCCAUCCUCAUCCCCUUCUUCCAGCAGCUCACCGGCAUCAACGUGAUCAUGUUCUACUCCCCCGUUCUUUUCGAGACCAUCGGGUUCAAGAACGACGCCGCCCUCAUGUCCGCCGUGGUCACUGGCACAGUUAACGUUGUCGCCACGCUUGUGUCGAUCUAUGGAGUUGACAGGUGGGGAAGGAGAUUUCUUUUCCUUGAGGGUGGGACUCAGAUGUUGAUAUGCCAGAUACUUGUAACAAUUUGCAUUGCUGCCAAAUUCGGAGUCGACGGGAAUCCAGGAGACCUCCCCAAGUGGUAUGCGAUACUCGUGGUGCUCUUCAUCUGCAUCUACGUGGCGGGUUUCGCGUGGUCGUGGGGGCCGCUAGGGUGGCUCGUGCCCAGUGAGAUCUUCCCCCUGGAGAUCAGGUCCGCCGCCCAGAGUAUCAACGUCUCCGUCAACAUGAUCUUCACGUUCGCGGUCGCCCAGGUCUUCCUGACAAUGCUGUGCCACCUCAAGUUCGGCCUCUUCAUUUUCUUCGCAUUCUUUGUCGUGGUCAUGUCCAUCUUCGUGUACUUCUUCCUGCCCGAGACGAAGGGCAUCCCGAUCGAGGAGAUGGGCAGGGUCUGGAAGACGCACUGGUACUGGUCGAGAUUUGUUACCAACGUGGACCUGCCCUACGGAGGGCUCGAGAUGGGCAAGAACGGACAGCCAGUAAAGCAAAUUUAGAUGAUUUCAACCAUGGCCAGUUGCUGCCACUACUACUAUAUAGGCUUUGAUAGGGGUACAUAGUAUUAUUAUUGGUUCCAAGGUCAAAGGUUUUUAAUAUAGAUUUGUCCUGAAUUGUAAUGUUUCAUCAUUCCCACAAUGCUUUCCAAGCAGACUUCCCGAGUACAAUUGAUAUGAAAAAUGCUUGUCUCCA